AUGGAUUCUGCUGGUGCAGAGAUUGAACAACGCGAAUGGACUCUGUCGCCAGAGACAGAAUACAGAUUUGAAUUGGAUCCUGGUACUACCCUCGCCAUAAAGCUCGGACAUGGACAAGCCGAAGUCUUUGGUGCAGAGAUGGUCGAGGGGAAAGUCUACCUCUUUGGCUCAGAAUGCAAAGCAGCCGUAUACACUUGGCGUGGAUGUACCAUUGAGAUGAGCCAUCCCUCCACAGAGUAUGUUUCAGAGGAAACGCCUAUGUCGGCUUAUGCGAAUCUCCAUAUUGCUUUGGAGCAAAUGCGAGUUCGUGCUCUCCAAACGCUCCAUGGGUCUCCGUCUUCAGAUGACGGACCCGGAGUACACCCAGAACCCCCGAGAGUGCUUGUCAUAGGGCCCGAAAACUGCGGUACAACCUCCAUAUGUAAGAUGCUUGUAAACUAUGCUGUUCGAGCCGGCCAGAACUGGACACCGCUCCUCGCGAAUAUGGAUCCCAGCCAAGGAGCCUGGGCAAUCCCCGGGACGAUCUCAGCAGCGCCAGUAUCUGCCCCGAUUGCCACCUAUUCACCGUCGAACCCCUUGGGAGCUGCUGCUACUUCUGCACCUACGGCAAUAACUUCCAACGCCCUCCUUCCAUUGGUAUAUUGGUAUGGACACGGAAGUGUAGGUAAAAAUCCUCUCUUGUUCGAGAGAUUGAUUCGCAACCUUGGUCAUGUUAUGGACGAUAAAUGGGACCUCGACGCCGAAGGUGCUGUAUCCGGUCUGAUCGUCGACACGCCUUCCUCAUUCGCUUCUGGACACGGAACAACAACCGAAACUCGACAAAGGCUCAUUCGGGCCUGCGUCGAAGCCUUCAAAAUCAAUGUCAUUCUCGUUGUCGGGCAUGAGAAGCUCAAUGUCGAGCUACAGCGGGCCUAUGGCUCCCAUCUAACGGUUGUCAAAAUCCCGAAAUCUGGAGGCGUUGUGGAAUUGGACCAGAGCUAUCGAGAACGCGUCUACAACUACCAACUGCACACAUACAUGUAUGGUCAGGUACUAGAACCCCCACCUGGCGUCACUUCCGCCACAAUUGGUGGCGAAGCUCCCUCUGAUUUCAUUCUAUCGCCGUCGUCGACUGUUUGCAAAUUCGAAGACCUCAUAAUAUACCGCAUCGGUGCAGAAACCAUGGCACCCACGUCAGCCCUCCCAAUCGGCGCUACGCGCGCUGUAUCAGAAAUGCAGCCCGUUAGAAUAGACCCUUCUCAACCAGGAUCAAGGCUUCAGAACGCUAUCCUUGCCGUCCUCAUUUCCCCGACCACCGACGAGAAUGAGCGAUACGAUGAAGAAAUCCUGGACCUACCCGCCAUGGGAUUCUUGGUUGUGACAAACAUCGAUAUUCCUGGACGAAAGAUGACCAUCCUUUCGCCUAAUCAGGGCUCGGUGAUCGGGAAAAUGGCAGUGAUAGGAACGUUCGAAUGGCAGGAGCAGUAG